AUGAGCGCCAGGAGAGCGGUCACCACCCUCGGACGAGUCCUCGGAGGGGCCGUAUCGGCGCGAGGGGCGGCGCCCCGGGCCGGGGUCUGGGCCCCGGCUCUUUCUUCGUUCGGGUCCGAACAGGGGGGAGGCGUCGGGUGGGAUCAUCGUCGCCGCGCUGUGGACCCCGCGUCGUGUGCGCACCGCGCGUGGUCGUCGUUCCACGCGACGUCGCGCGCGGAAGAUGCCGAGAACGACUCCGGGCACCGCGCGGGUCCGGCGACUUUGGGGGCCCGCCGCGUUGUCCCCGGGGCGUCGUCGUUCGCGUCUCCGAUCGCGGCUCGGCACCCGACGUCUCGCGCGCGAUCGUCGGCGGCGGGCGAGGUGACCGAGGCGGCCGACGACGACACCCCCGGGGGCGCGGUAGACGCGCGCCCCGACGGCGUCGAGUACGAGGCGGCCCUCGCCGAGACCGUCCGCAUGGUCAAGCUCCUCUCCCUCGCCUCCCUGGGCGCCACGAUCGCGGGAACCCCGCUCUUACUCGAACUCGCAUCCCCAGAUCUCCCCGCCAACGCGAAACUCACCGUGUCGCUGGUCGUCGACACCUUCGGCGCGUUCACCACGGGGUUGCUCCAGUGGUUCGUGUCCCCGUACGUGCUCAAGAUGCGCAUGGCGGACGAGCACACCGUGGCGGUGGAGAAGUUGACUCUGUUCGCGAGGAGAUACGAGGAGACGUUCGCGGUGGCCGACAUGAGAGAAGCGGAGACGACGCGGCCCCUGGUGACGUGGGAGGCUUGCGGGAAGCUGCACUACGUGGAGAUGGGGCGGGUGCCGGGGUACCUGUACGACAGGUUGGGCCUCGAACGGUUCGACGCCCAGGCCAUGGCGGAGAAGCACGCGAAGGAGCGGAAGGAGGAGGACGAGGAGGACGAGUAUUGA